AUGGGAGCACGGCCUCAUGUGAAGGCUCAGGAAGGGUCCCUGGUAAAGCACCUCAGGACCACUGAUGGAGAGAGCAGAGCAGCAGAGGCACUGGUCACUGGAAAGCUGAGCUCGCAGGAAGAGGACUUCUGCAAGCAAGUUACCCAGGCCAGGUCUUCAGCUGCUGCAAAUAAGCAGCAGUGGGGUUGCUGUGCCCAAGCUCCUGUUCCUCAUCGUCUCCAAGGAAAAGGCACAGAGCCAGGCCCCGCCGCAGGUCAGCUCCAGCCCACAAGCCGCCAGCUGCAGCUCCGUGGUCUCUGCCGACCACGGAGCAUUCGCAAAACUCUCUGCCGAGCUUCCUGCCAUCCCAGCGGGGACGGCGGGGAGGCAGCCGGGCUGCCAGGGCGCCCGCAGAGCGGAGCCCACCACGAGGCUGGGUGCUGCGCCAGCCCCACCGCGGCUCCGAGUUGGUGCAGCAAAGGGGCAACGCUGAAACUCAAGGCCCGCAGCUCGGUUUUCUCCCCCCCAGGCCCCUCGCGGUUCGCUCCGGCGGUGACACAGCACGCCCCGUUCUUCAAAGGAACGGCUGUUGUUCACGGAGAGUUCAAGGAGCUGAGCCUGGAUGAUUUCAAGGGGAAAUACCUGGUGCUCUUCUUCUACCCCCUGGACUUCACCUUUGUCUGCCCCACAGAAAUUGUGGCUUUCAGCAACAAAGCAAAUGAAUUUCAUGAUGUGAACUGUGAAGUGGUGGCAGUUUCUGUGGAUUCUCAUUUUUGUCAUCUGGCCUGGAUAAAUACACCACGAAAGAGCGGCGGUUUGGGCAAAAUGAAUAUUCCAGUUCUGUCAGACCUCACAAAACAAAUCUCCCGUGAUUAUGGUGUGCUGCUAGAAGGACCUGGCAUAGCAUUAAGAGGUCUCUUCAUCAUUGAUCCAAAUGGGAUCAUCAAGCAUCUAAGUAUCAAUGAUCUCCCCGUGGGUCGUAGCGUGGAAGAGACCCUCCGCUUGGUGAAAGCAUUCCAGUACGUGGAAACACAUGGAGAGGUUUGCCCGGCAAACUGGACUCCAGACUCCCCUACAAUCAAACCAAGCCCAGAAGCUUCUAAAGAAUAUUUUGAGAAAGUGCAUACAUAAACACUCAAAUAUGCGGGCAAAACUCUCAGUUACCAUAUGCUGGAGACAUUAAGAAAGCAGCCGCGAUUAUAAAAAAA